UCAACUUCCGAUCACCGCGAAAGCUUCAGCGAAACGUUCAGAGUCGGAGACGCCAACGAAACGUCAUCUUCAAAAAGAGAGCUGCGCAAAACAACAACAAUGAGGUUGAAGGACAAAGCGGUGUCGUUUUUGCUUCUCUUUGUUUUAGAAUUUUUGUUAGGGGUAGCAGUGGCAGCCGGUGAACCGAAGCUCGGGACCGUUAUCGGUAUCGAUCUGGGAACCACCUACUCGUGUGUGGGGGUGUACAAGAACGGUCAUGUGGAGAUUAUAGCCAAUGAUCAAGGGAACAGAAUCACCCCUUCGUGGGUCGCAUUCACUGAUACCGAGCGUUUAAUCGGAGAGGCCGCAAAGAAUCAGGCGGCUCUCAACGCAGAACGUACUAUUUUUGAUGUUAAGCGGCUUAUUGGGAGGAAGUUUGAUGAUCCGGAGGUUCAGAGGGAUAUAAAGUUUUUGCCUUAUAAGAUUGUGAACAGGGAUGGGAAGCCUUAUAUACAAGUGAAAGUGAAAGGUGAGAUGAAGGUGUUUAGCCCUGAGGAAAUCAGUGCUAUGAUUUUGGGAAAGAUGAGGGAGACGGCAGAGGCGUAUUUGGGAAAGAAAAUAAAAGAUGCUGUUAUCACUGUUCCAGCUUAUUUCAAUGAUGCGCAGAGGCAGGCCACUAAGGAUGCAGGCAUUAUUGCCGGGCUGAAUGUGGCUCGGAUAAUCAAUGAGCCUACGGCCGCGGCUAUUGCCUAUGGUCUGGACAAGAAAGGAGGAGAGAAGAACAUUUUGGUUUAUGAUCUUGGUGGUGGUACAUUUGAUGUUAGCAUCUUGACCAUUGAUAAUGGGGUGUUCGAGGUUCUUGCCACUAGUGGAGAUACCCACUUGGGUGGGGAGGACUUUGAUCACAGAGUGAUGGAUUACUUCAUCAAGUUGAUCAAAAAGAAGUACAACAAAGAUAUCAGCAAGGAUAAAAAAGCACUUGGGAAGCUUCGCAGGGAAUGUGAGAGAGCGAAGCGAGCGUUGAGUAGCCAGCACCAAGUGCGCGUGGAGAUUGAGUCUCUUAUCGAUGGUAUUGAUUUCUCAGAGCCACUGACAAGAGCAAGGUUUGAGGAGUUGAAUAUGGACUUGUUUAAGAAGACAAUGGGGCCAGUGAAGAAGGCUCUGGAAGAUGCAGGCCUGAAGAAAACAGAUGUUAGCGAGAUUGUACUUGUUGGAGGAAGCACUCGAAUUCCCAAGGUGCAACAGCUGUUGAAAGACUUCUUUGAUGGCAAAGAGCCAAACAAGGGUGUUAAUCCUGAUGAAGCUGUUGCCUAUGGGGCUGCAGUUCAAGGUGGGAUUCUCAGUGGCGAAGGCGGGGAUGAAACCAAAGACAUACUUUUGCUUGAUGUUGCUCCUUUGAGUCUGGGAAUCGAAACCGUUGGAGGUGUGAUGACGAAAUUGAUACCAAGAAACACAGUUAUCCCAACUAAGAAGUCUCAGAUCUUCACCACUUACCAAGACCAGCAAACCACAGUGUCCAUCAAGGUCUUUGAAGGUGAAAGAAGCUUGACAAAGGAUUGUCGUGAACUUGGAAGGUUUGAUCUAUCGGGCAUUCCACCUGCUCCAAGGGGAGUGCCCCAGAUUGAGGUAACCUUUGAGGUUGAUGCCAAUGGUAUCUUACAUGUGAGAGCCGAGGACAAGGCGGCGAAGAAGUCGGAAUCCAUCACCAUCACGAACGAUAAGGGGCGUCUGAGCCAGGAAGAAAUUGAAAAGAUGGUGAGGGAGGCUGAGGAGUUUGCAGAAGAGGAUAAGAAGGUGAAGGAGAGAAUAGAUGCCAGAAACCAGUUGGAGACUUACAUAUACAACAUGAGGAGCAGCAUUACUGACAAGUUUGCAGAUAAGAUUGAUGCGGAGGACAAGGAGAAGAUUGAGAGUACACUGAAAGAGGCUCUGGAAUGGUUGGAUGAUAACCAAAACGCAGAGAAGGAAGAUUUUGGGGAGAAGUUGAAGGAGGUGGAAGCAGUGUGUAAUCCUGUCAUAAAGCAAGUUUAUGAAAAGAGUGGUGGAGGUUCAGCUGAAUCUGAAGAUGAAGAACCAAAUGAUGAGUUGUAGAAUGGUUGGAGGAUAUGAGAGGCUUCCCAAUUGCGUUGUUUUUUUUUUCUACUAUUUACUUUCAAAGCUCAAUUUUACUAGUUAGGCGAAACGCUCAUCACCUUGUUAUAUAGGAGAAAUAUAGUUAUUAAGCUUUGUGGGUAAUUGUAUGAUUUUUAC